CUGGAGUCAGACAUGAAUCUCCCUGUUGCCCGCCCCUAGCUUCUCGUGUUACGCCAUUGGUUGAGCUUGUGACGUUCUGCGAGUUCCUGGUCGCUACCUGACAGUUCAUUCAACGUAUGAAGACAUAAUUAUUUGUCUCAGCCCAUCCGUUCGAGCGCAUUGGCACCUCUUCCCGUCGUUCCUUCUGUCACACCUUCCCCUUCUUGCCUCCAACAUCGAAGAAAUUCCCUGUCACACGCGCUUCUCGAGCGCAUCGUCAGAAUGUCGUCCGCGCCGUUCUACGCCGUCGCCGUGAGCGCAGAGUCCGAUGGAAUCUUCUCAGGCGGACCCUCCUCCCUCUCCGCUCCGCUCGAGAUCCGGCCGACUCUGAUGCAGCGAUUCAAGUCGAUUGAUUGGCUGGAUUGGUUCUCCGCCAUCGGCAUGCUCUUUCUUAUGUACGGAAUCUUUCUUAGUUACUUCUACGGUUUGCUAGCAGCCGCUGAAGCCAUUAGAGGAGAGAACUUCCGCGUUCUCCCACAGAAGUACUAUGGAGCGUUUCAGUAUGGCACUGACAUUCCCCAGGGUUACUCCACAUAUCCAGUGGGGUUCCCUGUUCCGUGGAACGCCACCCUGUUCUAGAGGCACCUGCUCAAGUUUCUUUCUUGCAGUUCUUGGCAUCAACCUUGUUGCUUGUUUCCCCUUCUAAUGUAUAUCGAGGUUGUUGGUUCCAAAUUGCUGAGGUGGAUGAUUGUGGUA